AGCGACGACCGCGGAGGCUGCAAGCAGCAGCAAGCGGCCAUGGUUCCUAGGCUGCGGCGACGAUCGUCGUCUGCGACGGCGACGACGACAAUCGUGAUGGCGGGCGGCAUCGCAAGUCUCGUCGUCGUGUUUCGCGCGCGAUGAAGACGGCGGCGACUGCGGGUGGCUGGCGGCCGGCCGCCUUCUGUGUGCUCCUGCUCGCGCUGGCCGCCGGGGCCGAGUUCACGCGCCUCAGCUCGCGCACGGUCACGACCAAGUACGGCGCGCUCAAGGGCUACAUCGAGACGCCCGUGCCGCCCGCGCCGCCCGGUACGCAGGGCCAGCAGUCCUCCCGCCAGCAGCAGCACCAGCAACUUCAGCCCGUCGAGGUGUUCCUGGGUGUGCCGUAUGCGGCGCCUCCCACGGGGGCCAUGCGAUUUAUGCCUCCGGUGUCGCCGGCCCACUGGAGCGGCGUGCGCAUGGCCGACCGGCUGGCGCCCGUGUGCCCGCAGCGGCUGCCCGACAUCGGCUCCGAGAGCGAGGCCGUCAAGCGCAUGCCCCUGGGAAGGCUCGAGUACCUGCGCCGCCUGCUGCCGCACCUGCAGCGGCACAGCGAGGACUGUCUCUACCUCAACAUCUACACGCCGGCCAUCGUGGGCCGAGACGCAGUGCGGCUUCCUGUGCUCAUGUUCAUCCACGGCGAGUCGUACGAAUGGAACUCGGGCAACCCUUACGACGGCACCGUUAUGGCCUCGGUCGGCAAUGUGGUUGUGGUCACCAUCAACUUCCGUCUGGGCAUCCUCGGCUUCCUUCCGGCGAUGGGGAACAGCGCGCGAGCCAACAAUGGCCUGCUGGACCAGAUCGCGGCCCUGCACUGGAUCCGCGACAACAUCGCCGAGUUCGGCGGCGACCCUGCCAACGUGACGCUUGCAGGCCACGGCACGGGUGCCGCCAUGGCACACCUGCUGCUACUGGCGCCCAUGGCCCAGUCGCUGGUGCACCGCGCCCUCCUGAUGUCCGGCUCGGCGCUCAGCCCGUGGGCGCUGGCCCGUGACGCGCACGCGCACGCGCGUCACGUGGCCCGCGCCCUCGACUGUCCCGUGGCCGAAGAAGAAGGGCUCGUCGAGUGCCUGCGGCUGCGACCGGUGGGCGACCUGUUGCGCGUGCCCCUGUCCGUGCCCGACCACCUAAGCGCGUUCGGCCCCACGGUGGACGGCAUUGUGUUGCGCGCCGAGCCCCUGGAGCUGACCGAGUCACUCGCCUCGUCGGGCCGCCGCCUCGAGCUGAUGAUGGGCGUGUCGCGGUUCGAGUCGUACUUCUUCGUGAGCGCCUCGGAGGAGAAGUACGGCAUUGAGGCGGACCGGCGGGACCGGCUGCUGCGCACGCUGGUGCGAAACCUCUUCUCCUUCCACCAGCAGGAGAUAUUCCUGACCAUCGUCAACGAGUACACCGACUGGACGAAGCCCUUCCAGCAUCCGCUCAACAUCCUGGACAGUACGGGUGAGGCCGUGGGUGACGCGCUGGUGGUGGCUCCGCUGGUGCGCACUGCGGGCCUUCUGUCCCGUGCCGCGCCCACCUUCCUGUACGUGUUCGCGCACCAGGCCGAGCUCUCGUCGGACUACCCGAGCCGGCUCGGAUGCGUGCACGGCGAGGAACUGGCCUUCGUGUUCGGCGCGCCGCUCGUCGCCGCGCUGGGACACUUCGGCCGCAACUACAGCCGGCAAGAGCAGGCGCUCGCCGAGGCCACCGUCGCGUUCUGGACAAACUUCGUCAAGUUCGGGGACCCCAGCUACACGGGCCACAGCAGUGGCUUGACCGGUAGCGAGCUGCACGCCAAGGGGCGCUUCGAGCGCAUCGCUUGGCCACCUUACGAGCCAGCUCACCAGAAGUACCUACUCAUCGGGUUGAAGCCGAAGGUGAAGGACCACUACCACGCGCACCGGCUGUCGCUGUGGCUGCACCUGAUACCGCAGCUGCACCGGCCGGGUGCCCCCGAGGCGCAUCACUUGCUCGAGGACCACGACAACCCGCUCAGCUACGACGGCCACGUACGCUCCCUGGACGGCAUGGCGCCCGCAUCCUCGUCAUCUUCUUCGUCUUCGUCCACGGCGCCCAGCAGCAGCACCAGCAGCAGUAGCAGCAGCGCCGCCCCGCUGUCACCGGCGCCCGGUGUGCCGCAGGCAUCGCAGGGCAACGAGAGCGGUGCGUGGCCCGCCGAGGCGGCGUCCACGGCGAGGCCCCUGUGGGAGCCGCUGUCCGGCGGCGGCUACUCGACCGCGCUGAGCGUCACCAUCGCCGUCGGCUGCUCGCUGCUCGUGCUCAACGUGCUCAUCUUCGCGGGCGUCUACUACCAGCGCGACAAGACGCGGCUCGAGGCGAAGCUGCACAAGCGCAGCUACAAGCUGGCCAAGCCCGGUGAGCCACCCCACCUGACCACCGCGGGCGGAAAGCCGCUUGCGCUGCGCGCGCCUCCCCCGUCGCCCGUGGGGCCCGCCGGCGGCGGCGGCGGUGGCGCCAACAUGGCGGGCGCCGGCAACGCUGCCACGCUGCCGCCCAAGGCGCCGCCGCCGAUGCCCGAGGCACAGCCGCUGCUUGCGCAGGGCGCCAGCCUCGCGAGGCUCGUUCUGCGCACCCGACCGCCAGAGCCUCAAGAGAACGUGUGUGUGAUGCAGUGGAGGAAACCUGGCUGCCUGCCCCCUUCUGGAGCCCCCGGCUCCGGAUAGCACACGCCCACCUCCGGGACUCUCCGACCAGCCCGACGAGAUGCGGGCCAUGAAUGCACUGGCUGCUGAAGGCUGAAAUCGACUCGACUUCUUGUCGGUAUCCUAUGGCCUUCGACUGGAACGUGCAAUGUCGUUUCCCGCACGUGCACGGUCAUCUUGAGUGAAUCGGGCUGAACACUUCUGUGCUGGCGCAGGACCGGUGUGUGGGAGUGCGGAGAGUGCUGGAGGUUAUAGUGUGUGCGGCGGGAACGCUUCUUCGGCGUGUUGGGACGCUGUGUGUCAUUCCGCCGCGUGCAGACACAGACACGGACUGCAUGGUUGAACGCACAAAAGUGGGGUGUGGUUGCUGGAUGUGUCUAAACGACGCUGCGCUUGGAGAAGUCGUUCUGUGCUCGUACGCAAUGACAAUAAUCGCCGCGAAGAUCAAACGAAAGCGAAGCGGGGAAGACUGUCGUCCCGCGGUGACUUGGGUUGUGGACGUGUUUGUUCGCGUCCGCACAACGUCUUAUCGACGCUACACUGGUUUUUAUGAAGUGGUUGAGAGGACUGUGGCUUUCAGCGGAUAGCCUUCCUCGCGCGGAAGUGUCAUGCUUGAAGUGGGAAGUCACUGUGAACAAAGGCGGCUGUUAAAUAAUGUGUCGUGUUUUGUCCCAGCGACCAUGCUAUUCACCGUUGGUUCCAUCGACGACGUUCUGCUAUGAAUGUAUCGUCUACACCAGCGGCGCCUUUGCGCACAUAUCUCAUUUGAGCACGCUAUAGCGCGAUAGCUGGCUAUUCGCGCCUAAGCCUAUACACCACGAGGCCAAAAAUCAAUGUGUUUUGUCUCUGCAUUGAACGUGUGUCAUAAUUUUACAUUCUGUCAUGUUUAGAUUGAGAGAACACUGCCAGAGCAAUACGUCCUGGACAGUUUUCACCGUGUGUUGUGUGCUCAGCGGAAGUGUCAAAGGUCACUCAUCGACUGACUUUGUAUACCACCCGUAGCGUUUAUAUGUAGUCCAACGCGCGGGCAUUUUACAAACCCCAGCCGAAAAAAUGGGUUUGUUCGAGGCACGCUUUUGCUGACGAGUCAAGCAGUUUUCCUCGGGAGCCACCAACCAACAGGUUCGAUCGAAAAGCAAAACUUAACCGGAGUUGGCUAGCGAGCUCUAUGCAGGCAAGGUGGACAAGACGGGUGGCAUCAUUUGUGAGCAAGUGAUAACGAAGAAGAUCCACCUACAUCCUAAACUGAACGAGACUGCAGCGAGCAAUUCUGCAAUACCGCAGUUGGCUAAUGGUGAAGGCAUCUGCGCUCUAACGGCAGUUAUCACCGUCGUAUCUGAACAUAGUUGACGGCUUUGUUAGCCAGCUAUAGUUGGACCAAGAAAUCCUUUUCAAGUUGGCCGAAGCUUCACUUGGUAAAUUCCUACCACUCAAGUCUGGUUGACCGAUAAGUAAAGUGAACGCGGCCACGAGGUUUCACGUGUCCGGCAGUACAAGACUCAUGGCUUCAAUUGGUCACCAAGCUGAACCAAACAACUUCUGCCAGCAAGUGCGGUCAAAACUGUAUGCCCUUCACGAGCUGCGCGGUGUUGCGUCGGCGUAAAAGCCAAGUGAGCUCCGUCAACUCUGCCGGCCAAAAUCAGUGGCUCAAUACGUAUCAAGAUGGACCAAACAAGUUAUGCCAGAUACGCGGUUCAGCGAUUCAGAUGCAACAAAGUUCAUGAGGCGAAUCGAGUCCCGCAAGAGAAAUUCCAGCGAGAAGCUUCAUCAGGACGUUGUUACAGAAAGGCUGGCUAACCUAUCCAAUUGGGAAGCUGAACCGGGAAGCACUUGAUCUGAGAAUUCGGCCAGCUACUCGUUGGCAAGAGUAACAAGGGCUGAGGAAUUGAGUGACUUCUAUAACCGAAAUUGGUAGAAUGAAGUGCUGGUAUGAAGAAUUGGCCGGCGACUCUCAUUUGCCACGUCAGUGGAACGUGCAUCGAGGAACCUUGCUCUGCCUACGUCGUACAGACCAAAUCGCCGGGAGUCGAGUCCUGUUCAAUAAGUUCUACCAGGUUCCAUCGACACAGACUGCCCCAAAGAAAGGACAGUAGCCGAAUUCCGUCGGCGAAGUGUUAUCUCAGGGCACUCUGUGCGGAAGCUGCACCUCAUUCAAUGCGCGUUGAGGCGAUGACGUCACGUCGAUCACUGCAUGUUGUACUACGUGUACAGUGCUCCGUUGUGUUGGAACGUCCCCUUUGUUACGCCCCGAUAUCCACGAAAAAAAAAUGUUGUCGAGAACAAUGACUCCGAGAAAAAAAAUGAACACGUGUAUGUGUACAAUCACGAUGCCAGUAAAAUGAAAACAGCGAGAA